CCGACGUCGCAAGUGCAGCUGCUGUUGUCGCAAUGGUGGCGACGCCGAGACAUUGAAUGACUUUGGGUCCAUCACCCACAUACUCACCAAAAGAAAAGCCGGCGAAACCUUUUAUUUUGUUUUAGUUUUUUUUGUCGCGAAACCGAGGGCAUGGAGGCACUUAUUCCUGUCAUUAACAAGCUCCAGGAUGUGUUCAACACCGUGGGGGCGGAUAUUAUUCAGCUGCCGCAGAUAGCGGUGGUGGGGACCCAGGUAAAAGGCGACGAUAACGUUAUGCCGUUAAAGCACCUGGUGAGCAGCGGCAAGAGUUCCGUCCUGGAGAGCCUGGUGGGCCGCGACCUGCUCCCCCGCGGAACCGGCAUCGUCACCAGGCGGCCUCUCAUCCUCCAGCUGGUCCACGUCGACCCGGGAGACGUCCGCAAAAACGACGAUAUCGGCAGGGAAGGCGAAGAGUGGGGGAAGUUUCUGCACACUAAAAAUAAGAUCUACACUGAUUUCGAUGAAAUCAGGCAAGAAAUAGAAGAUGAAACAGAACGAAUAUCAGGGAAUAACAAAGGCAUUAGCGACGAGCCCAUCCAUCUGAAGAUAUUUUCCCCCCACGUUGUCAACCUCACUCUGGUGGACCUGCCUGGCAUCACCAAGGUGCCUGUGGGAGAUCAGCCCAAAGACAUCGAGAUCCAGAUACGAGAUCUCAUCCUGAAGCACAUCUCCAACCCCAACUGCAUCAUAUUAGCCGUCACCGCCGCCAACACGGACAUGGCGACAUCUGAAGCCCUCAAGGUGGCCCGUGAGGUGGACUCCGACGGCAGGAGGACGUUGGCCGUGGUGACCAAACUGGACCUGAUGGACGCCGGCACCGAUGCCAUGGACGUGCUGAUGGGUCGAGUCAUUCCCGUCAAACUGGGACUCAUCGGCGUGGUCAACAGGAGCCAGCUGGACAUCAACAACAAAAAGUCUGUGGCUGACGCGAUCCGUGACGAGCAUGCUUUCCUGCAGAAGAAGUACCCGUCUCUCGCGAACAGGAACGGGACCAAAUACCUGGCCAGGACCCUGAACAGACUACUGAUGCAUCACAUCCGCGACUGUCUGCCGGAGCUCAAGACGCGGAUCAACGUGCUGGCCGCCCAGUACCAGUCCCUGCUGGGCAGCUACGGCGAGCCCGUGGAGGACCAAAGCGCCACCUUGCUCCAGCUCAUCACCAAGUUCGCCACCGAGUACUGCAACACCAUCGAGGGCACGGCCAAGUACAUCGAGACCGCAGAGCUGUGCGGCGGAGCCCGAAUCUGUUACAUAUUCCACGAGACUUUUGGCCGAACGUUGGAGUGCGUCGAUCCCCUGGGAGGCCUCAGCACCAUCGAUAUCCUCACCGCCAUUCGGAACGCCACCGGUCCUCGCCCGUCUCUGUUCGUGCCCGAGGUCUCCUUCGAGCUGCUGGUGAAGAAGCAGGUUAAACGCCUGGAGGAGCCCAGCCUGCGCUGCGUGGAGCUGGUCCACGAGGAGAUGCAGAGGAUCAUCCAGCACUGCAGCAACUACAGCACGCAGGAGCUGCAGAGAUUCCCGAAGCUCCACGAGGCCAUCGUGGAAGUCGUCACUUCCCUCUUAAGGAAGAGGCUGCCCAUCACGAACGAAAUGGUGCACAACUUGGUUGCCAUCGAGCUGGCCUACAUCAACACAAAGCAUCCUGAUUUUGCGGACGCCUGCGGGGUCAUGAACAACAACAUUGAGGAGCAAAGGAGAAACCGGAUGAGGGAGCUGCCCGCCGCAGUGACCAGAGAUAAGGCUCCGGCAGCGGGGCCGCAGGGCGACGCGGACAGCACGGGCGCCUGGAGGGGGAUGCUCAAGAAAGGCGAGGACGGACCCGCCUCGGGGCCGGGAAGCCCUCUGAAAGGAGCCGUCAACCUGCUGGAUGUGCCGGUACCGGUAGCCAGGAAGCUGUCGUCACGUGAGCAGCGGGACUGCGAGGUCAUCGAACGCCUCAUCAAAUCCUACUUCCUUAUUGUGCGCAAGAACAUCCAAGACAGCGUGCCUAAGGCAGUGAUGCACUUUCUGGUCAAUCACGUGAAGGACAGCCUCCAGAGCGAGCUAGUGGGUCAACUCUACAAGUCGGGCCUCCUCAACGAGCUGCUGACCGAGUCGGAGGACAUGGCGCAGCGCCGCAAGGAGGCGGCCGACAUGCUGCAGGCGUUGCAGAAAGCCAGCCAGGUGAUCGCUGAGAUCCGAGAGACUCAUCUGUGGUGAACCGGAACAUGCUAGAAGAAUGCACUGAGCCCUCCCGUAAAAUUAUGACAGCCCCCAGUUUGUAUUCCUGCUCACCUCCACCAGGUGGCGAUAAAGCAUCCCUAAAACGUCACAAUCCACACAUGGCCAUUUAAGACCACCCACCCACAAAAGUUUCUCCACCGGGAUUUGACAACUAGUCUGUUCGCAGGUAAGAGAAUGUCAAAGUCCAAAGUAAGCAGAGCUGCAGUGUAAGCGCGCACAAUAAAUGCUAUCUAGUUCGGAUUGAUUGGGUGAGUUUUGUCAAUUGCUGCCACAAAAGUCCACCUCUCACUAGGACUAGAACUUGACAAAAUUUGUUUACAGUACGUCAAUCUUUAGAUUACAUCUGCUUUAAGUUGUAACACCUUUAUUUACCUUCAAGUACCAAAGUCAUGAAAUGCAUGAUUUUUAGUAUGUUAUGGAUGAAAAAAAAAAAAAAAAGGGCAGCCGACAUGGACCCAUCCGUUUUUUCACCACACAUGAUUUUGACGUUAAUGGCUUUUUGUAACCCCCCAUGAAAAUCCUCUCGAGGGAUUUGUUUUGGAGAAGAAGCAGGAAGUGACGUACGGGGCAGUAGCGCACUCAAGUGGUCUUGUCCGUUUCUACUAGUUUUACCUGCUGGAAGGUAGCUCUUUGUUCCUUCGUGUAAGCCAAAAUGCCGGCUUGUUGCAUUGCUGGAUUUUGCUGGAACACUCGGAAGGAUAGAUUUGUUUUUCAUACUUUUCAAAAAGACCCGGUUCGUCGUGA